AUGUAUGAUUGUAUUGUUGUACCUGGGGGUGGAGUGGAUGCAAAUGGAUCUCCAUCACCUUGGGUCUCUGCUCGAUUAGAUAGAGCAAUUGAAAUGGCAUCAUCAACAUGUUAUUUUCUAGUUUUAAGCCGUGGUACUACACAUCGUCCACCUGUACUUAAUAAAUAUUUAUUUCCAAUUGAUGAAGCAUCAGCUAGUGCUAAUUAUUUAAUUGAACGUAAUAUUCCAUCAGAUAAAAUUUUAAUUGAGAACUGGUCAUUAGAUACGAUUGGUAAUGCUUAUUUUGCUCGACAAUGUAUUUUAGAACCAAUGGAAUUAUAUAAUUUAGCUGUAAUUACAAAUGAUUUUCAUAUGACACGAACAAAAUUCAUAUUUGAUUGGAUUUUUUCACUAACAAAUUCAACAAUAGAUCGUUGUGAAAAAUAUAAAAUUGAUUAUUUUACUGUUAGUAAUCAAGAUAUGACUGAUGAACAAUUAAUAGCACGUAUCGAUAAAGAACGUUCAGCAUGUGAUGAUUUAAAAAUAAAAAUUCAACAAAUUACAAAUCUUUCUCAAAUGGCUCAAUUUUUAUUUAUUGAACAUGGAGCAUACAAAGCAAAAAAUCUACAUUCACUUCGAAGUCAACUUGAUUCUUUAACUGCAUCAACUUAUUGA